ACCUUCAUCACUACAUAUCUCACACACACACACACACACACACACACACACACACACACACACACACACACACACACGAGCAUUAUUACGUUAAUUUGAACCGGAAACACUUCCAUAACUGAGUAAAAGACUAAACAGAGCAAUGAUGCGAAUCUCAGUGUUUCACUUUCUCCUGUUCUUCUUCAGCUCAGGGUCUGGUAGUUCUCAUCUGCCCCGAGCUCACAAUCUGACCUGGACAUCUUUUAACUUUAAAACCAUCCUGACCUGGAGAUCUCACUCUGACCACACACACACUGUGGAGUUCUCCCGAAUAGGGAGAGAUAGACUGAGGAAUCCUCAUUGCAUCCAAAUCUCUCAUCUGGAAUGUGACCUCACAGAAGACCUCAGUGACCUUAAAGCUGCCUAUACUGCAGAUGUUGUGACUGAGCUUAUGACCUUUGACCCCAUGGAGCUCCCACGCACUCAGUCUAAGCGAUUCUGCCCCUAUAAUGACACUGUAAUCAGAGCUCCACAGUUCAGUGUAAAGUUAGAUGAGAACAAAACGAUUGUGCUGCAUAUCGCUGACCAGCAGACGGCGCUGUACAGACACGGACGCCACCUCACACUCCGAGACGUCUUUAAACACGACCUCAAAUACAGCAUCAUGUACAACAAAGCAGGAAGCACAGGAAAGAAGCAGACUUUGGUGUCUGACAGUGAGGUGAUGAUGAGGGAUCUGGAUCGAGGACCCAGUUACUGUUUCAGUAUUUCAGUGUUCAUCGUUUCUCGUAGAGCAAACAGGAAACUGGCCAAGUGGACUUUACCCAAGUGUUCACCUGCACUGACCUCUGACCUCUUCACAGAAUUUGACCCGGUGAUGCUCAGCGCUGGACUCCUCGUCAUUGCGUCUCUGCUCGUUGUCGUCACUGUUGCGAUCGUUUGCUGCUGCAGACGGAGAGUAAAAGAAAAGUCGGUAGAGGAGGACGAGGAGAAAGAGAGUCAUGUCAUUAUUAAAGAGGUCUAGACAUUAAUAUUCACGGUUUCAUGUAAAAUCUGCACUUUAGUUUCUAAGAAACCAAAAUAUGAUAUAAAUUUGAUUUAACAGAUCACAAUUCAGUUAUUAAAUAUAAAACAUAAUUAUCUCUGAUUCUGACAUGUAGAUUAACAAAUACAGAUGUUUUUAUAUCAUUUUUAUAUAAUUGUAUUUUUAUAUUGUUAAUGUAUAGUACAUUGAUGUUGUAUUGCUCAUUGAGCUGUAAGUAUUGAGGUGUUCUGAAGAAACAUUUAUUUAUUCUGCAAA